AUGCUUCAUUCCAACAAGACACAGUUCCACCCUUCCUCCUUCCUCCUGAUAGGGAUCCCAGGGCUGGAAGAUUUGCACCUUUGGAUCGGCUUUCCCUUCUUUGCAGCGUAUCUGAUAGCCGUCUUGGGGAACACCAUCAUCUUAUUUGUGAUCCAAACUGAACACAGCCUCCACCAACCUAUGUUCUACUUUCUGGCCAUGUUGGCAUGCACCGAUUUGGGUUUAUCCACAGCCACCAUCCCCAAGAUGCUGGGCAUUUUCUGGUUCAAUCUCGGGGAGAUUACAUUUGGAGCCUGCAUCACUCAGAUGUAUACCAUCCACCUAUGCACCGGCCUGGAAUCUGUGGUGCUGACAGUUAUGGCCAUAGAUCGUUAUAUUGCUAUAUGUAACCCACUGAGGUACAGCAUGAUCCUCACCAACAAGGUGAUAGCUAUUCUGGGUGUAGUCAUCAUAGUCAGGACUUUGGUGUUUGCCACUCCAUUUAUAUUUCUCAUCUUUAGGUUGCCUUUCUGUGGUGUCCGAAUUGUCCCACAUACCUACUGUGAACACAUGGGUUUGGCAAAGCUAGCUUGUGCUAAUAUCAGGGUCAAUGUUAUCUAUGGAUUGGUUGCUUUCUCAGUGGGAUACAUUGAUCUAUCUGUGAUUGGAUUUUCCUACAUCCGGAUUCUCCAAGCAGUCUUCCGCCUUCCAUCCUGGGAUGCUCGGCUUAAGGCACUUAGCACAUGUGGCUCCCAUGUGAGUGUCAUGUUGGCCUUUUACCUGCCAGCUCUCUUCUCAUUCAUGACACACCGCUUUGGCCACAACAUCCCUCACUAUAUCCACAUACUUCUAGCCAAUCUGUAUGUGGUCGUUCCUCCUGCCCUGAACCCUGUUAUCUAUGGAGUCAGGACAAAACAGAUAAGGGAGAGAGUAGUAAGAAUGCUUAACCCUAAGAUGCACUGA